CUUUUUCAUUUGACGAAGAAAUUGACCUAAUCAUAUAUCCAUCUCUUCAUUAUAGCUAUCAUCUCCAUUGCCACUUCUUCCUGUGCCUCUCUCUCUCUCAUCAAACCAUGCUUGAUUCUUGUAAAACUUGCUUUAGGUCAAUGCAUAAGUUCACUAGGAAGUUUCUUCAACAACAAUUCAAUGUCUUGAAAGGAGAUGAGAGGUGCGAAAAAAGAAAACCCAAGAGCAUGUUUUCUGAUUUGAAUUGGUUAUCAUCGUCUUUUGCAGCCAUGGAGGUCUCUAACCAGUUGAAACAAGUGUUCAAAUUCAUCGAUGCAAAUGGGGAUGGAAAGUUGUCUCCCUUAGAGCUCAGUGAAGUGCUCUUGAGCCUCGGCCAUGAGAGGUCCACCGCCACCAAGGAAGCGGAAGGAAUGGUGAGAGAGAUGGAUUGUAACGGAGAUGGGUUCGUGGACAUUGAUGAAUUCAUGAAUGUUGUCUUGAACAAGGGUAGCGAAGAAGGGUCUGGGCCUGGUGGUGAUCAUCAUCUCAUGGAUGCUUUUCUCAUUUUUGAUUCGGACAAGAAUGGAUUCAUAUCAGCUGAAGAGUUGCAGCAAGUUCUGAUUCGCCUUGGAUGUGAUAAUUGUGACCUUGGAGAGUGUCGCAAGAUGAUAGGUGGGGUUGAUAAAAAUGGCGAUGGGUUUGUGGAUUUUGAAGAAUUUAGAUCAAUGAUGACAGGUUUAGCGAGUUGAAGUUCUCGAGUCCUUGGUUAUGAAGCUAAAAAUAUAUUUGGUGAGAAGUGUUUAAUGUAACUAUAGUUUGUAUAAAUCACCAUCAGCAUCUAAAUGACAAUUAGCGGAAUUAAGUUUCAAUUAUAUCUAUAUAGGUUCAAUCAUUCUCAGCAUCUCUCAUGUGUGUGUAUAUACAUGCGCUGAUUUCGAGCUAAUCACAGAUCUAAGGUCUCCAAAGUUCUUAUUGAUGCAUGAAUGUGUAUAUAAAUA